UUUUUUGUUUACAUUUAUGUUCACUCUAUUUAGGUAAUCUUGUUGUCAAACAUCGACUUUUAUUUAAGUGUUAAUCAAGUUUAAGGAUUUUAAUUAAUUUUGUUGCAAAAAACUGUGUUCCCAUGUGGUCAAUAAUAAGUCAAGAUGAGAGACCAACAAAUAAAUCAAGCUAGUUUAACUCCUACAGGGGUUUCAUUAAUUCACAAUGACCUCCAGUUACAGUUAAACAACCAUCAGCUUCACCUACAAAGGAAUAAUCUCACUUUGGGUGUUGAUAAUAAUGAUAUAAAUGGAGGACCCAAUUGUAUCUCUGGUAUUUUCAAUGGUUUAAGUGUUAAUUCUAUCCUUGAUACUAACACUGGUGUACAUGAAAACGGUGAUGAUGUUGAUGAUGAUGAUGAUAACAGCGAAGGAAUUAUCCAACUUGGUGAGCCUGGACCUGGAACUGAUGACCAUCAAAUUAAUGAGAAUAUUCACCGAGAACGAUUUCUUCUAAGUACAACUUCUUAUUCCACUGAGGCUAGAGAUGCUUUCAGAAGAGAAUUGAAAUAUUAUUUUAUGAAUCCAAUAGACAAAUGGAGAAGCAAGAAGAAAUUCCCGUGGAAAUUACUAUUACAAUUGACUAAACUUAUAAUCGUUACUAUUCAAAUUUACUUUUUUGGUACUCAAAUGUCUCGUUUCAAGACACACCAAGCUAAUAUGGAGAUUACUUUAAGAGAACUACUUCUCUCUGAUUGGGACCCUGUUAGAGAGGUUAUGACUUAUCCUCCAUCAGCAGGACCGUUUGCAUGUUAUACGAAAAGUGAUUUAUUUCGAAAUAUUGACUAUGCUAUAAGGUCUUUUUCCAACAUAACCAACACUGGUGUUGGCUCGUUUUCUUAUGAUUCAGCAGCCCCUGAUAAAGUAUCACCCAUUUAUGUUAAUAUUUUAAGAUUUGCCAAAGGAGAAGCGGAUCCAUUCAAUUUUUCAUACAACUUCAAUAAUGAAAAUACAAUGGAUCGCUAUCUCAUUGAUCUUAACUAUACUGCUGGUGACAUCGAAUGGAAUCAUUUCUCUAUAAAAAAGUUUCUCGCCUCUCAAUCGUAUGCAAUAAAUUUCGAUAGUCUAAUCCAGAUUCAAAUUGUAACAUCUUUACGGACAAUCUAUUUAAAUGCGUUGGACUCUUACAAUCGUCCACAGUGCUACGUUGUUGAAAUUGCUAUAACAUUCGAUAAUUCUCUUCAUGCUGGUCAAUUGUUAAUGAGUUUGGAAGCUAAACGUAGUUAUAGGCCUUGCGUUGGAAACUUGGAAGGCCACACAGUUUCGUCGCGCUCUGUUAUCGACGUGGUUACUAUACUUGUUAUUAUUUUAAGUUUUUUGUCUGCAAUUCUUUGUUUGCGUUCACUGAUCAAAGGCAUAUUGCUUCGCCGACGAACAAUAGACUUUUUCGAACGUCAUUACGACAUUUCACUAGGAUUUUGUGAUAAAAGUGAUUUCAUCGAUCUGUGGAUUUACAUGAUAUUCAUAAAUGAUAUUCUUCUCAUCAUUGGCUCAAUAAUUAAGCUUUAUGGUGGACCAGUUGAUCAUAGUCAAACACCGAAUAGCAAUUAUUCAGUUCUUUUUGGCGUUGGUAUCCUAUUGACAUGGAUUGGUGUUCUCCGAUACAUUAGUUUCUUCGAUAAAUUCAAUGUUGUAAUUUUGACAGUUAAAAAGGCGUUCCCUGAUAUAAUUAAAUUUUUCCUUUGUGCCAUGCUUUUAUAUGUUGGCUUUUGUCUUUGCGGUUGGAUUGUUCUUGGGCCUCACCAUCUUAAAUUUCGAACACCCAGUGAAACAUCUGAAUGUCUCUUCUCCCUUUUGAAUGGUGAUGAUAUGUAUGCAACUUUUGCCACUUUAUCCACAAGAGAUCCGGUUAUUUGGUGGUUCAGUCGAAUCUACCUUUAUUCAUUUAUCUCACUAUUUAUCUACGUUGUCCUCAGUCUGUUUAUCUCAAUUAUCAUGGACGCAUGGGACAUUAUCAAAAACUACAAUCCUGAUGAUAUGACUGAAAUGCAUAGAUUUAUCGCCGAAUGUAAUGAUGAUGUUUGUGAUGAAAUAUUGCAAGAGGAAUCGAAAAAGUCUCUUCUUCGAAAAGUCAAAUCAUUUUUCAAACUCAACCCUGAAGAUACGAAUCCAUUACUCUUCUAAUUUUCGCCUUGUGUCAUGUUAAUCUGUCAUAUCUUGUUAAUUCUGUUAUCCAUGCUGUCAUUCAUAGUCACUCACUAACAAAAAGUCAAUUGCCAUCAAUUAUCAGAGGUGAUCUGUUUUGGCUUUCAGGAAGAAAA